AUGGCAGACCGAAAGCGCCGUUUAUCAACACACCCUGAAGAAUCAAAAAGUGCAAAGCGACAAGCAUCUGAUGCGCAGCAGUACCUGCCUCAGGUCAAAUCGCAAGUCCUUAGUGCUCCAGAUCUGGGCGCUGCUCUCGUCAAUGCAACCCGAACACCAAGAAACCAGACAAAUGCUAUUGCAAGGUCAAGUCCAAGAUGGGACUCCAAGUUGCGUGCGGAUAUUCGUCAGGCGGCUCAAUCCAAGCCUCGCUUCUUGUUUCGAGCUAUCUUGGUAAACAGCGAAGACUUGGCGGAGUUCUCAGAUGAUGGUGAGCUCGUGCCGAGCAUAGUCGGCCAGUACGACGAGACCAUCGAGGACUUCUAUUCUAAUCCAUUAGAAGACAUGACGGAGAUCUGGUAUUGCAAUCCCGCCUAUGAAGCCUACUUCACGAAAUGGACACCGUCGAUGUUCAAAGCAAUCUCAAAGGCCUUGUAUAUGCUCAAAGCAGAUGGCGCUGGCUACGACGUUCACUUGGCCACUCUGGACACCAAGCGGUUAUCGUCAAGCAAUCUCACUGUCGGCCGAGCUGCUCUCCAAAAUGCGUUCAGUGGUUAUCUAGCUGGCAUCCCGGUUAGCUCAUCUUCUGCAUACCUGGUGUAUGGCAUCAUCAGUCAAGAAGCCUUCUGUACUAGACCCCUCAAAGCACUGAACAACAAACAUGUCGCUUCUGGGCUGGGUUACAAACUUCAUCACCGGCCACUUAACAUUCUCAAAACUUCACUGCACAACGCGAGUCCAACCUUGGUUAUAGACAUUGCAAGAGAGUUUGGCAAAGUCUUUGAUGGUGAUGGCUUUGCGCUACCGGCCACCGUCAUGGCUAUUGCUACGCUUUGCCACGACCGAGAUUCAUCGUGGCCCGAUGAGGAGAGCCUCUCGGCAGAGAUCGUGACGGCUUUGCAGGAUUUUCCCAUUCAGUCUGACUGGAAGCACGAUUCGGCCAUAAUGACAAUGGAAACGCAUACCUUUGAUCAAGCAGCUGACCGCGGACUGAGAUUGCUACGCGCACUAGCAGACCGGCGCGCUAUGGGACAUGCUAUGAGAGCCCCGUCGGUGAAUGCAACGGAUCUUGAAAACUUGAGCCAUGGAAUAUUACAGGUCAAGUUGGCCGCCGACAUGGCUUUUGACCAAUCUGUUGCGACUCACGAUAGCACUUCUGACUACGAGCCUGUGUCUCCUUCAUCAAUCGUUCCUGAGGAAUUUCAGUAUACACGCGAUGAUCCGGCUGAAAUCGCGAAACUUUUACCCGCGGGUUCCAUGGAUGACGAGACCAAACGACAUCUACUGAAGGCGCAGAAGUAUACUCCUCGCUACUUGUUCAGAGGAUGGAACAAUGGCUACAGACCAUCAGGUGGCCACAGAGGUUUGAAUACGGUCGAUGCAAUCACCCCCCUUGCGUAUCUCAAGGACCGUGAGGCUGGUACAUCAAGUAUCUACAAUCUGUCGCGAGAUCAGCUAAGAACCAUGUGCUUUCGGCAUCUGGGAUCAGAUAGGACCGCCUCAUUCAAGACCGAGCUGUCAUCCUGGGCAUCCUCGCUGCGGGUUGCCAUGUUAUACUCAAGAGGUCAGCCUGAUUCCUACAUCAGCAUCAUCGACACCAGGGCGCUUCAGGAGCAGAACAUCAUCGUUCAUGUUCCGCAGCUUGGUUUUUUGCUGUUUCCGGGAUCGGACGGCAUCUACUAUCCUGAGGAAUACCUGGCCCACGGAGUUAUCGAGGGGUCUGCUCAUAAGGCCGUGCCACUAGAAGCGUUCACCAAGAUUGGCAUAUGUCAGACUUCUCCCUGGCUUGGAAUCUCGCACAUCACGGCCCAAGAAAUCAUCUAUGCCAAGACUGUAGCAGAUCAAUAUGGCCCAAGAUUUGGUACAGCAGUACUGAUAGCCAUACUUUGCACCGCGGAGCGGAGUUCGGAUCUUUGGAAGAGUGGAAUUGCUCCUCGAGAUCUAACACUCAUCGCUUCAGCUAUCAGUGCGUACAAAGUCCCGCAGCGACUGUGCGCCGAUGAUACGAUCUUGAAGGACCUGGUUUAUACUAAAGGUUUCAGUGAUGUGGAGCAAAUGAUUCGCCUGCUGCGUGCGGUCGUCGACUGGCGCCACGGUAAAGGUGCUCGUGGCCGGAAGCAAAUCGCCAAGUGGGAGGAUUCAGCUUCGCUGCUGUCAAGACCUUCCGCUGAUGCUGAGGAGGAUGCACCACCGAAAGAGCAUCGCAAGAGACGUUCAAUGAGGCGCUCACGGAAGUAG